GGGGCGGGGCUUGCUCCCGGCCUAGGGUUUCUGGGGCCGAUGCGCCGCAGCCGCUGGGGUGGGCGGGUUCGCGGCCGCGCUGCGGGAGCGUGCAGCCUUGACGCUUCUUCCUCUCUUCCCGCCGCCCACAGCUUGGGAUGUAGUAAUGCCGGCCAGACUUCUCAGAGUCCUUUUUGGUUCACACAGUAUACUAUCCAAAGCACAUCACUACCAAAGAUGCAUUUAUCAAUCACUGAGACCAUCUACAGAAUUUGAAAGUACAGCAUGCCCCAGCACCCUGACGACGCGUCAUGGCCUGGAUUUAUUCUUCCCUUGUCCAGCAGUUGGUGGCUGGAAUAAGCCUGGGAUCCCAGGGAUGAGCCAGAUCCCAUGGAGUACAAGCAGACGCUCUCCACUCAAUGCUGCCCGCCGCUGGGAUGAGACGGCAUGCCAUCCAGCCAUGGUGCCGUUCGGGACUCACGGGAAACUGACCCACACACCACGUCUCCUGGGUUCUAAGUGGUUUUUAAAAAUAUUAAUGAGGUAUUACUCAUCUUUAUCAACCGAAAAAUUUGUUCCCAAACAAGACCUUCCCCACAUCAAGAGACCGCUGAAAGCAUCCAGGACCCGGCAGCCAUCCAGGGCCAACCUUCCCGUCCUGUCUGUGGAUGAGACCCUGAUGCACUGCACGGCAUUCGCCACAGCAGACGCGUACCACCUGGGACCUCUGUCUCAAGAGCUGGCCUCCCAUGGAUACGUGGAAGUAACAAGCUUGCCUAGAGAUGCAGCAAAUAUUUUGGUGAUGGGUGUGGAGAAGUCUGCCAAAGAAGGUGACCCUGGGACAAUCUUCUUCUUCAGGGAAGGAGCUGCCGUGUUUUGGAACAUAAAAGACAAAACUAUGAAACACGUCAUGCAGGUUCUGGAGAAGCAUGAGGUCCAACCCUAUGAAGUCGCCUUGGUUCACUGGGAAAAUGAAGAGCUCAACUACAGUAAGACAGAGGGGCAGUCUAAACUUUACAAAGGGGAAAUCAAGUUAAACUCAGAGCUCGAUGCAGAUGACACCAUCCUAGAGAAGUUCGCUUUCUCCAAUGCCCUGUGCCUCUCAGUGAAACUGGCUAUUUGGGAGGCAACGCUGGACAAGUUUAUUGAAUCUAUUCAGUCCAUUCCAGAGGCUUUGAAAGCAGGGAAGAAAGUGAAAUUGUCUCAUAAAGAAGUUAUGCAGAAAAUGGGUGAACUCUUUGCCCUAAGGCACCGUAUAAACUUGAGUUCAGACUUCUUGAUCACUCCCGAUUUCUACUGGGAUAGAGAAAACCUAGAAGGGCUGUACGAUAAAACCUGUCAAUUUCUUAGCAUUGCUCGAAGAGUUAAGGUCAUGAAUGAAAAGCUGCGGCAGUGCACGGAGCUCACGGACCUCAUGCGCAAUCACCUGACUGAGAAGAGGGCGCUGCGGCUGGAGUGGAUGAUCGUCAUCCUCAUCACCAUCGAGGUGAUGUUUGAGUUGGGACGUGUAUUUUUAUGACCACAUGAUAACCAGUCACAGCAAGUGGUGAUCCAAGUUCUGCAAUCAAAAAUCAGUGUUCACUGCUGGGUGAUCUCACUGAACUUUAAAAACCAAGGAAUCCAUGUGGAAACAGUGGCAACAUCCAUAUUCCCAACACUCAGGAAGUUGAGACAAGAUCACAAGUUCCAGGCCAUCCUGAGCUGUGUAAGAAACUGUCUAAAAAGAAUUGUCCUAAUACUGUUUUUUGACUCUUAAUUUACGGUGCCUGAAUAAAAAUUAUGAAGAAUCUGA